AUGAUUGACUUUAAAGCCUGGGCAGAGUAUGUGGUGGAGUGGGCUGCCAAAGACCCCUAUGGCUUCCUCACAACCAUCAUCCUGGCCUUGACCCCACUGUUCAUCGCCAGCGCUCUGCUUUCCUGGAAACUUGCGAAAAUGAUCGAAUCUAGGGAUCGCGAGCAGAAAAGGAAGCAGAAGCGGCAGGAGAAUAUUGCAAAAGCUAAGAGAGCCAAAAAAGACUGAUCUGAAAUGAAGGGAUGCAGAGGGAUCAAUGCAAUGUUCCUGCAUGUAAAAAAAUAUGUAAAAAAACAAACAAAAAAAAACACCUCAGUGCCACACUCAGCUGUGCAGAAUCCAGAGCAGCUCGUGUAGGGGCUUUGGGUCAACCGGGGCUUUGAGGCGGACUUAGCCCUCGCUACGAGUGUGCACAUCAAGCAGGCUGAUUCAGAUCAAUUUUGUAAAACUGCAUUUUUUUUUCCUGGACAAAUCACUGCUAUAACAUGAUUACAGCACUUAGCAUUCCAAUACAUUUUAAUAGAUUUUUUUUCAACACAAAUCCACUUUUUAUUGUUACUAAAAAACUUCUUAACAGCCUCAGCUGUCUUAAUCUCUGUCCAAUCAGUGUGACUAUGCUUUAAGAUUUGUGAUGGUAGUUUAGUGUGUGUAAAUUCAGAAUGCCCAUGUGAGCAAAAACACAACUGGAAAUUACACACUGCCAUUUAUUUAUUAAUUGCUAUCUAAAUAAGGGGCAAAUACUUUAGACAUAUGGGAAAAGCUCAAGGGGACAAUGUUAAGUGAAACCUCCAGUCUGAAAGGAAUUAAAUCUUUUUAUAUUGAA